AUACCACACUGUUCCCUUGUUUUCCUGGGUUUUUUUGUGAUGCCUCUUGGGAUGAGUAAAAUAAGUUUGAACUCGGCCCAAGCAAAUUUCAGAAAGCUCAAGGGUGGCUAUGUAUUUCUGUUGCUCUGGGAGUAAGCAUCUUUCACUUCAGUAUGUUAGGAAGCAGUUGCUCUCUGUAUGGGUAACCAGUUAGUCUAAAACCACUUGGCUUCUACAAAGUUUUGUGUUUAUUGUUUCAAAAGGUUACAGCUUGAGUGCAUCCAAAACUAGAUAAAGUAAAUGGAAUUGGAAGAGCUAAAUUUAUAUUAACAUAAAAUUAAUUUUCAAGUAGUAGGUUGUAAUGUUCUUUGGAGUCAGACCUUACACUACCUUGUCAGGGCAAUUGUAUUCUCUUUGGCUUGGCAGACUGCAUAUGAAUUGGUGUUGUACUGGUUUGGAUGAAGUGCUACAGUCUGGAAUUGGCAGAAAACGCAAUUCACUGACUCCUAGAUCGACUUUGUUUCCUUGUCCAAGUUGCCAGCGGGAUAUUGAUCUCGGGGAGCGUGGCAUCAAUGGCUUAUUUCGCAACUUCACUUUGGAAACCAUUGUGGAAAGAUACAGACAGGCAGCCAGGGCAGCCAUUGCUAUUAUGUGUGAUUUCUGCAAACCUCCGCCUCAGGAGUCCACAAAGAGUUGCAUGGACUGCAGUGCAAGCUAUUGCAAUGAAUGUUUCAAAAUACACCAUCCUUGGGGAACUGUGAAAGCCCAGCAUGAAUAUGUAGGACCAACCACCAACUUCAGACCCAAGAUUUUGAUGUGUCCAGAACAUGAAAUGGAAAGAGUAAACAUGUACUGUGAAAUCUGCAGACGGCCUGUUUGUCAUCUUUGCAAACUGGGUGGAGGUCAUGCAAACCAUAAAGUAACAACCAUGAGCACUGCCUACAAAACCCUUAAGGAGAAGCUUUCAAAAGAUAUCAAGUACCUCAUCAGUAAGGAGAGCCAGGUGAAAGCUCACAUCACUCAGCUGGAUCUGCUGCUGAAAGAAACAGAGUGCAACAGUGAAAGAGCUAAACAAGAAGCAUCUCAGAGUUUUGAGAAAUUAUAUUGUGUCCUGGAAGAGAAGAAAUCUGCAGCUCUUAGGGCAAUUGAAACUUCUAAGAAUAUAAGGUUGGAAAAAUUGCAAACACAAGUGGAAGAAUACCAAGGGCUCCUGGAAAAUAAUGGCCUUGUAGGAUAUGCUCAAGAAGUGCUUAAAGAAACGGAUCCCUCCUGUUUUGUUCAAACGGCAAAACAACUUCAUGUCAGAAUCCAAAAAGCUACUGAGUCUCUGAAGAGCUUUAGGCCAGCAGCUGAAACUACUUUUGAAGACUUUGUGGUGGACACUGCCAAGCAAGAAGACAUCCUUGGUGACUUGUCCUUCCAUUCCAAUGGUCUGGAAAUACCAGAAAUCAAUGAAGAACAGAGCAGGAUGUACAACAAAGCUCUGAUCAGCUGGGAAUGCCCUGGGAAGACAGAUUCAGCUGAUAUCUAUGUUCUUGAAUAUCAUAAACUUAAUAAAGAAGAGGAGAGUGUGACAUGGCAGAAGACUGAAGUUUGUGGCAAGAGCAAAGUAUUAUCUGAUCUUGAUGAUGACAGCAGCUAUGCCUUUAGAGUUCGAGGUUACAAAGGGUCCAUCUGUAGCCCUUGGAGCCGAGAAGUUAUUAUGAGUACUCCUCCAGCUCCAGUUUUCAGUUUUCUUUUCGAUGACAAAUGCGGGUACAACAAUGAUCAUCUCCAGCUGAACCCAAGAAGAACCUCUGUGGAAAGUAGGGCUGGACUUCCUCUGCUUCUGGGAUCUGAGCGCUUGCAGGUUGGAUGCUUCACAACCCUGGAUUACAUCAUUGGUGACACUGGGAUUGCCAAAGGGAAGCACUUCUGGGCUUUUAGUGUGGAAGCCUAUUCAUACCUGGUGAAAGUAGGAGUUGUUCCUAGCAACAAGAUACAGAAAUUGUUCCACAAUACCCCUGAUGUUAUCAGUCCAAGAUGCGAGCAAGACAGCGGUCAUGACAGUGGGAGUGAAGACGCUUUCUUUGACUCAUUGCAACCUUGCACACUGGUCACUUUAGGCAUGAAGAAGUUCUUUAUCCCUGCCACACCUACUGCUCCCAAAGAUCCAGCCAGCAGAAUCCUUCCCCUGCCAUCGUGCUUGGGCAUUUGCCUGGACUGUGACAGAGGCAGGGUAGGGUUUUACGAUGCAGGCCGCAUGAAGUGCCUGUACGAAUGUGAGGUGGAUUGCUCUGGCUUGAUGUACCCAGCGUUUGCUUUAAUGGGCGGUGCAGCAGUGCACCUUGAGGAAGCUGUCACAGCCACGGACAGGGAGUACCACGAUGACAUCUAGUGCAGCAAUCUCUUCCUGUUGCUGUUCUGAGUCAGAAAAUGAAAGCAGAAGAAUUCUACCUUAGCUUUUAGUCCUGAUAAAUUAUAUUCCACCUACGUGUUGCUCACAAGCCUCUGGCCUGUGAUUCUUUAAAAUAAAUGGUCCAGGCGCUUCCUGCACCAGAGGAAUUCUCCUGCCUUUCUUGUGAUCUGUGCAAUGCUGUUCUCCACAGACUUCUUUUCCUGGGGGAAGCAGGGAACAAGUCUGACUAGCAACCAAAAUUUUCUUUUCAGGACUAGCAACCAAAACUUACUCUUCGGGGUAGAAAUCUGCCUUUUAUUUAACUUAAAUCCUUACACAGUCAGUUUUGUAUUUAAUGAAGUCAAAGCUGACAGUGUGUGAUUGCCAUUCUCCUUUUAAGAAAUCUGCCUAAAUGCCUCUGCAGGGUUAAAUACUUUCCAGUUAAACCCUGAUCACCAGUUGGGCCUUUCAGCACAGAAUAGCAUAUUAAAAAUAUAAUAUUAAAGAGGAAGAAAUUAGAAAUGGUGUUGAAUGUUUAACUUAUACGUGGAAUGAUGAAGGUAAACUUGAAUCUGAUUGCAUGUUGUAUACCCUUAAUGUGACUGUAAGUUAAAACUCAGUUCUGACACUCAUUGUCAUAUAGUUGGUGGCAUAAUGGUAAGUUUAUUUAUUCUUCCAGGCUUUUACUCUAAGCUAUCUAAAAUAAAGUGCAAUUGUACCUUAAAUGUCAGAAUUUGGAGUCAAAAAUCAGAAAUGUUUGCAUGUGUGAAUAAUGGUACCUGGUAUUUAGGCAAAAGCAAGUAUUAAAGAAAUACCUGAUUUUAAAAAAAAAGAAAAUAUCUAGCAGCAGCUUGGGUUUUUCUUAGUAAGAAUGUUGAAAAUGCAUUGGUUAAGUUUUGAGACCUAAUUUCUGCCUUAAAGGAUGUCUCCCUUAAAAUUUCAGUUCCUCUAAUGUUAAAAACUGUAUCACAUUUGCAGAAUCAUAGAACUGCAGGAACAGCUUGAGUUGGAAGGGACCUUUAAAGCCCAUCUAGUUCCAACCCCUCCUUGCCAUGGGCAGGGACUUCUCCCACUAACCAGGUUGCUCAAAGCUGUGUUCAACCUGACCUUGAACACUUUCAGGGACGGGACAUCCACCACUUCUCUGGGAAACCUUCUCCAAUGUCUCACCACCCUUAUUAUUAGCAAUCUCUUCUUUAUGUCCAACCUAAUCUAUCAUUUUUAGGUUAAAACUAUUGCCCCUUGUCCUGUCUCUCCAGACCUUGGUAAAAAAGACUUCCUCCAUCUUUUUAAAAAAUUCUUUUUAUCUAUUUGCCGGGGUCGGCUGUCACUUGUCUCUGCCCCAGCACGGGAAAAGGUGGUUCUGGGCAGGCCGCGCUCUCGAAGAAGGAGUCUGGACUCUUG